UGUUACGAAUAGCUCUAUUUGCUUACUGUGUUGGUUUUUAUAUAUGAUACACACGUAGAUGUAUAAGAACAGAAUACGAACAGUAGAUGCGUUACACGUGUCGCAUGUGUGAUUGGGUAGAUUACAUAUAUAUAGAUGUGAUAAGUUUGUAGAUAUUCUAUAGAAGUGUUGCCGCGCACCUUAAAUUAUAUGUUAUAAUAACAAGAUGAGAGUAUUUCUACUUAUUGGUUUAUUUUUUUUAAAAGAUUUUGUGGAAUCUAACGAAAUUAAUCUAGCCCAUUUAAAAUGUUUAGUUUGUAGAGCAACUAUGAACGAAAUGGAAGCUGCAGUAUCUAAAAUAAAUCCAAAAAUAUUAGUUGAAGCAGGUAAUUACAAAAUGGAUUCUCAGGGAAAUACUAUAUCCAAAAAGGUUCCAUUGAGACAAUCAGAAACACAUAUUUCGGAUAUAUUGGAUGAUAUCUGCCUGAAGAUGAAUGAUUAUGUGAGAGCAACUAAGAAGUACAAUAAAAAGUUAACAAUUUUCAAUCUUAUGUCACCAUCAGGUGGUAUGAAUCCUCAAAUGUCCAAAGUUGACAUAAUUCAUGAUGGUGAUUUAAAUAAGUCUCUUGAAUUUUAUUGCCAUUUGAUAGUGGAACAAUUUGAAGAUGAUAUUAUAAAAUUAUAUGUCAAUGAUUCGGGAAAUAGAAAAGAACAGCUUUGCACAGAGAUCUCAAAUAUUUGUAAUGAUUAUCCUGAAAAUGAUGACAACGAUGAUGAUAAUAAUAUUAACAGUAUGUUUAAUUAUAAAAAUGAAUUAUAAGACCAUUUAAGACGAUUUUUUAAUACAUAAAUAUUAUUCAUUUUGAUUAGUAAAUUGAAGACAAUGAGUCUCAAAUAUGUUAAAUAACUAAUUAUAUAAUUUUUUUUAUGAGACAAAAAAUAUAUAUAAUCUGUUUGAUAUAUAAAGCAUU